UCCCGUCGGACCUUAAUGAGUGUGACAGCCAGCGGAAGUAAACAAGGCUGCUGGCCGUAGCGUUAGCUGCAUGCUGCUGUUGAAUGAGCUGGAAGACGGUAUUGUAGUCGUAGAGCAGAUGAUUCUUUCAGCUGGAACUAAGCAACAAUGUCUUCAGUUGAGUGUUUGAGAGAGUUUGUCACCGAGCGACUAACUGCUGCUGCUGAACAAAUAUUCCGAGUUGUUGAAAAAACUAUCGUCGAGUACGAGGAAGAGAUCGCUCGGCAGCGCAGACUGUUGGAUGGCGUUUGGAGACCAGAAAUCAGGUUACACAGGAUAGAGCUCCCACAGCAACAUGUCUGUAAGGAGGAGGAGGUUCUCUCUGACCAGCAGCUCUGUAUUCAGGAGAGGAACUCCAGUCUGGACCAAGAGGAUCCAGAGUCUCCACAGAUUAAUGAGGACCAGGAGGAACUGUGCACCAGUCAGGAGGGAGAGCAGCUUGUACAGAAGCAGGAGACUGAUACCUUUCGUCACAGUAACAACAUAAACAACAGUGACAUGUCAGAGAUUCACCGUAAUACUCAAACAGAGCUCCCACAGCAACAUGUCUGUAAGGAGGAGGAGGUUCUCUCGGACCAGCAGCUCUGUAUUCAGGAGAGGAACUCCAGUCUGGACCAAGAGGACCCAGAGUCUCCACAGAUUAAUGAGGACCAGGAGGAACUGUGCACCAGUCAGGAGGGAGAGCAGCUUGUACUGAAGCAGGAGACUGAUACCUUUAUGUUGGCUCCUACUUAUGAGGAAAGGGACCACAGUAAAGGUCAGACUCUGAACUUCAAUCCUGAUGAUGACACUCUCAGUGCAGCAGAGAAAGAGUCUGUAGCCAACAUGCCAGUUCUAACCUCUGUGGUAUCAGAAGCAAACAGUGACCACCAGCUCCUCUCUCCCAACUCUCAUGAAGCUGAGAGCCAAGAUCAGAAAGGAGACAAGCAUGGAGACUCAGGAUCAACUAGAAAUACAGAGCCAGAACCAAAGAAGAGACGACGCAAGAGCAGAAGUCACAGCAACAACGUAGACAACACUAACGUGUCAGAGAUUCACCCUAAUACUCAAACAGAGCUCCCACAGCAACAUGUCUGUAAGGAGGAGGAGGUUCUCUCUGACCAGCAGCUCAACAUGCCAGUUCUAACCUCUGUGGUAUCAGAAGCAAACAGUGACCACCAGCUCCUCUCUCCCAACUCUCAUGAAGCUGAGAGCCAAGAUCAGAAAGGAGGCAAGCAUGGAGACUCAGGAUCAACUAGAAAUACAGAGCCAGAACCAAAGAAGAGACGAAGCAAGAGCAGAAGUCACAGUAACAACGUAGACAACACUAACGUGUCAGAGAUUCACCCUAAUACUCCAACAGAGCUCCGACAGCAACAUGUCUGUAAGGAGGAGGAGGUUCUCUCUGACCAGCAGCUCUGUAUUCAGGAGAUGAACUCCAGUCUGGACCAAGAGGACCCAGAGUCUCCACAGAUUAAUGAGGACCAGGAGGAACUGUGCACCAGUCAGGAGGGAGAGCAGCUUGUACUUAAGCAGGAGACUGAUCCCUUUACGUUGGCUCCUACUUAUGAGGAAAGGGACCACAGUAAAGGUCAGACUCUGAACUUCAGUCCUGAUGAUGACACUCUAAGUGCAGCAGAGAAAGAGUCUGUAGCCAACAUGCCAGUUAUAACCUCUGUGGUAUCAGAAGCAAACAGUGACCACCAGCUCCUCUCUCCCAACUCUCAUGAAGCUGAGAGCCAAGAUCAGAAAGGAGACAAGCAUGGAGACUCAGGAUCAACUAGAAAUACAGAGCCAGAACCAAAGAAGAGACGACGCAAGAGAAGAAGUCACAGCAAUAACGUAGACAACACUAACGUGUCAGAGAUUCGCCCUCAUACUCAAACAGGUAAAAAGUCUUUCAUAUGUGACACAUGUGAAAAAGACUUUAAGUAUAAUUCAGAUUUGCAGAGACACCUGAGAAUCCACACAGGUGAGAAGCCUUAUUGUUGUGAAACAUGUGGAAAAGAUUUCAGACAUAAGGAUGCUUUUAACGUCCACAUGAGAACCCACACAGGAGAGAAGCCGUAUGUUUGCAAAACAUGUGGAAAAGGGUUUGGGCGAAAUGGUAACUUGUUGAUCCACAUGAGAAGAGCCCACACAGGGGAGAAGCCGUACGUUUGCAAGACCUGCAGGAAAAGAUUCUAUGACGCUUCAGCUUUAUUAAAGCACAUGAUAACUCACACAGGGGAGAGGCCAUAUUCCUGUAAAACGUGUGGAAAAGGGUUUGGGCGAAAUGAUCACUUGUUGGUCCACAUGAGAAGAGCCCACACAGCACUAGGUGCCAGGAUUUUGACUGUAGGUGGGCCUCCAGAAAACAUGGACCAGUUAAAAUAAGCCCAAAAAAACGGGUUCUCCCUGCAUACGGUCAGCCAGACACCAACGUUAACGUUAGCCUAACUGUUAGCCUACUUGCCUUGCUUAUGUGAGGCGGUGGCUAUGGGAGGACUUGAUGGGGAGAGGGCGGCCGAGCAGGAUGGUAACUCGUCACUUGUAACCGCGUUACCUAAAAUGUUAGGAGUUUCCUCGUCCUGUUCCUCAGAGCGUUUCUUGCUGAAUUUAAAUGAAAACAAGCUGCUUUGCUUUGCGUUUCACAUUAGCUAACAGCUACCGUCUGUCUCAUUGAGAUUGCUUGAAAAGCUUGCGUGCAAACAUCUUUCAUUUCAUUGGAUCACUUGCUGGUGACAAUGCAGCUUG